CUUUGUGCGUGCAUUAUCAUCCCUUAUGUGGUGAUCUUCUCUUUAGCUUUGCCCUAAAGCAUGGGUUUGACAGAGCGAGACCAGCUAGAAGACCGUCAGGAGAGCUUCACCUUCAGCAACUGCGACUUCUCGUCCUCCUCCUUCGGCGUCGUCUUGUCUGACGGUGAGGACAGCGACGAGUCGUACAUCGAGAUCGAGCUCGAGCGAGCCGGACCUUACAGAACCGGCGACGUCCAAUCCGACGACGAGGACGGCGAGAUAGAGCUGCGGAUAUCGAUUUCGUCCCACGUCCCCUUUCCCCGGCUGUCGAUCCCGAGCUUCAGCCACGCGGUCGAUGCCGCAGAGAGUGGAAGCAGCCAGUCAUCUUCGUCCGCCACGAACACUUCGACUUCUUCAUUUUCGUCAAAGUCUCGAGAUGACAACAAGAAGGGGAUGAAAUCGAAGGAAAUUCCCGGCGGCCGGAGAGGCGCAGUGCAGUUUCCGGCCGUUGGCCGUCUACUGAGCAUGCUCGUAUCGAGCUUGAAGGUACCGCCGGAGAUUUGCGAAGAAAACAAUGUUGCUUGUAGCAAUGAAAAGCAAGACAAGAAGACUGAGAUGCUGCGCACGAGGAAGCCAUCAUCGAAGACAAGAACGACGAUGAACGGAGGCAUCAUGAAGUUCUUCAUCAAGCUCCGAGCCAUGCAAGCGAAAUCCCUCUUGGCCCCAAUCAUGAAGACCCGCGACGCAACCGCAACCGAUCCCAAAGGCAAGAAGAGGACUUCCGGCAGAGAAAGGAAGCAAAAACUGGAGGAGACACUCGAGUUCUACCGGAGGAUGUCCACCAGCAAAUCAGCCAAGAACUCUUCGUCGUCGCCGUCGUCGUCAUCAGCAGGGACGAACCAGUGUUACAACAAGAGCUCGUCUGUGAGGAUGAAUAGCAACGGCGAUGACCGGUCAUCGAUUUCGAAGAUGAACAGCAAGAAGAGUGCUGCGGAGGCUUCGAACAGUGGUUGGUUCAAAAGAACGUCGUCGUCGAGCUGUCCGAGUUCCAUUAGGUGCUCCCCUCUUCAUGCCGGAGAGAGCUCCAUUCAGGCGGCGAUUGCUCAUUGCAAGAGCUCGUUUGCUCCGUUCCCUGGAUUUUACUUUUGAUCUUCACUGUAAGUUAGAUUUGCAACAUGUAUUGGAAUAGUAGCAAUGGUAGUAAUGGUGGACUUCACUUUUGAUCUUCAAUGUAUGAAUCAUAUUUUUACGGUUAUAUAUUUUUCUAGUCCC